GAGAUUUAAAUAAUUGUUACUUAUAUAUGUAGCAUAGUAUAAAGCGUUAUUGGAGACGUCUGAGCUUUGUUGAAGAGUUGCGCAUGUGUAGUUUUAUAUCUGUGAUUGGCGAUGGAGACGCUGUACUGAUGCGCCACGCGCUAGUCAUUUGCGUUAUUACAGCUAUCGUUGAGUAGACGUGGUUGAAAUUUUUGCUAGUAUUCGUGUGUGACAACAUGCUUAAAGGAAAACGACAGCAAUUCUACUUCAAGCAGUCAGUGUGAAUUUUUCCUCGGUUCUCAUUUUCGUUUUCUGACAUACCAUUAUCUUUUCACGAUCAAUAUAAAAUAGAUGAAAAAUGAAAAGCACAAUACAGUAUUAGAAUUUUUUUUUCGUAUUUCAUAUAAUUUAACAUUUUAAGCUAUUUUAGACUUAUCGUGUAUUCAGUUGUCAAAUGAUGGCGGCUACUAAUAAAAACAAUAGUGAAAAUACACAGUUUUUUGAAGGUGCAGAGAAACUCUUAGAAAUUUGGUUUAUUAGCAGUGAUGUUAAAAGCAAACAGCGAGAUCUAAGACAAAUUCCCCGAAAUAAAUGGGAAUCCCUAUUGAAGUCCGUGCGAUGCGAAAUUAUUAGUUUUUGUCGAAAUGAACAAAUUGAUGCAUAUGUCUUAAGUGAAAGCAGUAUGUUUAUUUCGAAAAGACGAAUCAUUUUAAAAACUUGCGGUACAACAACACCAUUACAAUGCUUGGAGCCAUUAUUAACUCUUGUUCAGUGUGUUGCCGGGUUUGACAAAGUGGAGAAUAUAUAUUACUCUCAUAAAAAUUACAAAAGGCCAGAACUUCAAGCUUCACCACAUCAAGCUUUUGAGGAGGAGGUGUCCUUGUUAGACACAUUUUUUCCUGAUGGAGAAGCUUAUUGCUUGGGAUCUACUGAUGCAGAUUGUUGGUAUUUAUAUACACUUAGCGAAGGAAAGGCAUUGAUAAGUGAUGAAGAACCUGACCAGACAUUGGAAAUUCUUAUGACCCAACUAGAUGCAGAAGUGAUGUCAAUAUUCACACGUAUUGAGUGUUCAUCCGCAUCUGAAGCAACUCAAAAAUCUGGAAUUUGUAAAUUAAUACCACACAUGACUUUUGAUGACUUUUUGUUUGAACCAUGUGGAUACUCCAUGAAUGGAAUAACACAAUCUGGCAGCUAUAUGACGAUUCACAUAACACCUGAACCGGAAUUUUCAUAUGUAUCUUUUGAAUGUGAUGUACCUGAAGUUUCAUACAAGGAAAUAAUCAAUAGAGUCCUGAAGACGUUUAAACCAAGGAAGUUUAUGGUUACAAUUUUUGCGAAUAAAGAAUCAGUAUCCGCUAAUUGUCCUCGAGAAUUAGAACAAUUAGAUUACAUUGAGGAGAGUAGGAGUUGGUUGCGUGAAGAUGUACAAUAUUGUCAAUUUAAAAAUUAUGAUCUGACAUACGCAUUUUAUUCUAAAUUCCCAAGCUGAGGGUACAUUGACACCUCGCCGUCUUCUUGCUGGUCAAGAAAAAGCGAGUGUGCGAUAUCUUCAACACGACUAACAUCUUGCCAAUUGGCAUUUUCAAAAUUUACAGAAAAUUUUUCGUUCAUGGUCAUGCAAUUUGUAAAGGUAAAGGAAAUUUUAAAAAAAAUUUUAUAGGGACACUAAUCAUGUUUAAAAAUUGUUUUGGACUUAUUUUUGUUACACAUAUUAAUUUAUAACAGUUACCCAGUUGACACGUUCUAUAAUUGUUCUAUGAAAUAUGAAAAAAAUGUUCCAUAUCAAAUGUUACAAUAUUGAUAUAUAAUGAAUAUAUAACAGAAAAGUAACAGUGAUCUGUAACUUAGUUAUAAUAGUAUUACACAAUGGUGCUAUAACAGUGAAUUUUAACUAUUAUGUUAUAACUAUAAAGUAUCUGUUACAGAAUUAGAGUGUAAUAGAUGUUCUACAAUAUUUGUUCCUAAGUAGGUAUUAAACAAUGAGUUAGCAUUGCUACAAAGACAUUACAUAACAGUAUUAGCAAUUUAUUAAAAAUUAAAUUAAAUUUUUUUUAAAUGUUUAUGACAUAACACUUUCAUGUACUUAUCAUGGGAUUUAAGUGUGACUUAAGUUCUAGAUCAUUAAUUCCAAUCAAGAAGUAGAUUUGUGGUUUAAGGUGAUACAAGACUUUGCUACAACAAUGUCACAAACAUGAUAGCAUGAUAACUGAAAUCUUUAAUGUUAAAAUGUAAAAUGUGUUAUGUAACUGUUUUAUAUUGAAAGUAUAACCAAUUAUAUAGAAUAUUUGUUCUAAAUAUUAUACAGAACUUUAAUAUUAUACCAUGACAAUAUGAUUUAAAGAAAACUUGCAAUUAUAUGUAGCAGAUUACACUGCAGUGUAAAAAAAUUGAAAAUCCUAUUGAAA